UGUACAACAUCAGUUUGAAGAUGGCGGAGGGUGAAUUGAACGUGGACAGCCUCAUCUCUCGGCUCCUGGAAGUGCGAGGAUGUCGUCCGGGGAAGAUAGUCCAGAUGACCGAGGCAGAGGUGCGGGGCCUCUGCAUCAAAUCCAGGGAGAUCUUCCUCAGUCAGCCCAUCCUGCUGGAGCUUGAGGCACCCCUGAAGAUCUGUGGUGAUAUCCAUGGGCAGUACACAGAUCUGCUGAGGCUGUUUGAGUAUGGUGGCUUCCCUCCAGAGGCAAACUACCUUUUCCUGGGCGACUACGUGGACAGAGGGAAGCAGUCCCUGGAAACCAUCUGCCUUCUGCUGGCCUACAAGAUCAAAUACCCAGAGAACUUUUUCCUGCUCAGGGGCAACCAUGAGUGUGCUUCUAUCAACCGCAUCUACGGCUUCUACGAUGAGUGUAAGCGCAGGUUCAACAUUAAGUUGUGGAAGACCUUCACUGACUGCUUUAACUGCCUCCCCAUUGCUGCUAUUAUUGAUGAGAAGAUCUUCUGCUGCCAUGGAGGACUAUCGCCUGAUUUGCAGUCGAUGGAGCAGAUUCGCAGGAUCAUGAGGCCAACAGAUGUGCCUGAUACAGGCCUGCUGUGUGACCUGUUGUGGUCAGACCCAGAUAAGGAUGUACAAGGCUGGGGAGAGAACGACCGCGGGGUCUCCUUCACCUUCGGGGCCGACGUGGUCAGCAAGUUCCUCAACCGCCAUGACCUGGACCUCAUCUGCAGAGCCCACCAGGUUGUGGAGGAUGGAUACGAGUUCUUUGCCAAACGCCAACUGGUCACACUUUUCUCUGCUCCAAACUACUGCGGGGAGUUUGACAAUGCAGGCGGCAUGAUGAGCGUCGAUGAAUCCCUCAUGUGCUCCUUCCAGAUCCUAAAGCCCUCAGAGAAGAAGGCCAAGUACCAGUAUGGUGGUGUAAAUUCUGGUCGACCCGUCACCCCACCCCGCACCACCCAAGCCCCCAAGAAGAGGUGAACAUACAGCCUUGGCUCUCCCGCUCCUUCUUACCCUGUCCGUCCUUGGUCUGCCAUCAUGGCAACCCCUGUAACUCCCCUGUAUAGCAAAGAUACAGGGCUUAUCUAAUUGCCCAAGUCUUUCUCCUCUUUCUUCCCCACUCACCCACCUUCUCCCCAACUCCACUGACAGCUCUUUUCUUAAUGUGUAUGUGUACAUAAAUUUGCUGUGACCAAUCUGUUUUAUUUUUUUUGCCUGUUUGUUGGUAUUUUUGAUAUUAUUAACAAAUAAUCUUUUUGGUGGUUUUACUUCCAAUUCCAUUUGAGGUUUUCUGAGGUUCUGUGUCAUGUAAGGAAAUGCCUUCUCUGUGUAGAGGGGCAAAGUGACUUGAGUUCGAGGAAUUCUUUUUCAGUGUAAGAAAAACAAAAUGGAGAUUGAAAAUUUGUUUUGCCUUGACCUCUCAAAAAGCAGAGAGAGUCCUUCCAGUGUAUUUCAAUGAGACUGAGAUUUCCAUGCAGUGCUAAAUCUGUAGACACAAACAGCAUCUCUUAUAUUCCAGCUUAACUGUUCAAACUCAUUAUAGCUUGUGCAGUGCACUUUGCGGUUGCUGUGCACAAGCACAUUUUGUAUAUUUAACCAAUGAAAGAGUGCACCUCCCUGUGAGUUGCAAAGAAUGUGAAGAGACUGGCUUGUAUGAACUAUAGAGGCUAAAUGAGAUGCUGCUGGCAGUGGACACGCUAUAACCGAACAUAACGCCCUGUGGAGAUCAAUUCCUCCACUCUGUUAUGUCUCCCUGUGCCUCAACCCCACACCCACACAAAAACACGCCGCUUCUCACACAGAGCUGAUAUUGAUGUUUUCCUGGGUCUAUUUAUUAUUUGUUCUCAUCAAGAUAAUUUCCCCCCAUAUAAUCCUGUUGAUUUAUAGUGAAAAUGCCAGCCACCCUCCUUUCCCAUCACCCAAAAUGUUCAGGCACAGAAUAUAAAACACUGGUGGAGUUGGGAGUGGGUGGCAGGACCAGCCAGUUUUGUUGUGUGACAGUGAUGCCACCUGGUGUGCAAAUACAGUAUUACAGUGCAAAGUAGCACAAAUCUGAUGUUGUAUUGCUGCAAUUUCAAACUGGACAGCUCAAGAUGGGCUUUGCGUUACAAUGCCAGUACAAAAUGUUGGAGGUACUUCCGUUGUCUAUUUGGCUGACCGGUGAUUAGCCUUGUUAGCACUUCAGCUUCAGUCUACUGCGAAUGAGAUGCAGUUGACUUUUUGUGGAAAACAGUUGCCUCUUCUUUUUCUUUCUUUUUGCUCUUUGUGGUAUUCUUCUUUCUGUUGUAUUUCUAUGUUCUCUCUUCACAUUGUUUACUUUUUAUUCACUUAAUUUAUUUCCUAAUAAUGAUAAUAAGAAAACAAUGAGGUGUUACCAAAAGCUGUUUUGCAAUUUGUACAAGUUUGUUUGAAAGUCUAUAAAUUCAAUA